GUUGACAUUUAUCGCUCUUAUUCAAUAACACUUCAACACGAUGGAGUUCACGGAGGGACUUUAGACCAAAAAUCAUUGUGUUUUGGAUAAUACAAGCGGGACUCGGUGCUCUGGGAGGAUGUCUCAGCUGCUGAGGCUUCUCUCCGCAGCUGCCCUGCCUCUCUGUCGGGCAGCGGGAGCCCGGGCUCGGCUGUCCGCGGUGCUUUCGGGACGGCUCUUCUCAGCCGGAUACAGGAGCUCCGCUGCGACGAAUGUCAGUCGGACGCCAGCUACCUUCCUGUCCUGUCGCAGAUUCCAGACCCUUCAGAGACGACUGUACUCCACUGAACCCAAAGAUGGAAAAGGAGGAGUGACAGGAGGAGGAGGAAGAUCAUCAGGUGGAGGGAAGAAAGGAGGGAAUGACUGGUGGAGCCGAUUACAAAAGGGCGACUUCCCCUGGGAUGAGAAGGAUUUCCGGUACCUGGCGGUCACUGUGGCGGGGGUCAGCUCCGCACUGCUGUAUUACUACUUCAGAGACACGGGCAAAGAGAUCAGCUGGAAGGACUUCAUCCAUCGCUACGUGGGCCGAGGAAUGGUGGAGCGGUUAGAGGUCGUCAACAAACAAUAUGUCAGAGUGAUCCUGUCGCCGGGGGCGGACACUGAUGCAAGCUACGUGUGGUUCAACAUCGGCAGCGUGGACACAUUCGAGAGGAACCUGGAGGCGGCGCACAUGGAGCUCAACCUGGAGCCGUCACACCGCCCUGCCGUGGUUUACAGCACCGAGAGCGACGGCUCCUUCCUGCUGAGCAUCAUCCCCACGCUGCUGCUGGUGGGCAUCAUGCUCUGGACCCUGCGACGGGGCCCGAUGGGCGGGGGCCCCGGCGGCGGCAGGGGGGGGCCGUUCAGCAUGAGCGAGUCCACGGCGAAGAUGAUGAAGGACAACAUCGACGUGAAGUUCAAAGACGUGGCCGGCUGCGAGGAAGCCAAGCUGGAGAUCCUCGAGUUUGUCAACUUCCUGAAGAACCCGCAGCAGUACCAGGACCUGGGGGCCAAGAUUCCCAAGGGUGCCGUGCUGUCGGGGCCCCCGGGGACCGGGAAGACUCUGCUGGCUAAAGCCACGGCCGGAGAGGCCAACGUCCCGUUCAUCACCGUCAACGGCUCCGAGUUCCUGGAGAUGUUCGUGGGCGUCGGGCCGGCCAGGGUGAGGGACAUGUUCGCGAUGGCGAGGAAGAACGCGCCCUGCAUCCUCUUCAUCGAUGAGAUUGACGCCGUGGGGAGGAAGAGGGGUGGGGGGAACUUCGGGGGACAGAGUGAGCAGGAGAACACCCUGAACCAGCUGCUGGUGGAGAUGGACGGAUUCAACACGUCCACGAACGUGGUGGUCCUCGCAGGAACCAACAGAGCCGACAUCCUGGAUCCGGCUCUGAUGAGGCCGGGACGCUUCGACAGACAGAUCUACAUCGGUCCUCCAGACAUUAAGGGCAGGGCGUCCAUCUUCAAAGUUCACCUGAGGCCCAUCAAGCUGGACCCCGCCAUGGACAAAGACAACCUCGCCAGGAAGAUGGCGGCCGCCACGCCGGGGUUCACCGGCGCCGACAUCGCUAACGUCUGCAACGAGGCGGCGCUGAUCGCUGCCCGUCAUCUGAACACGUCCGUCGGCGGGAAGCACUUCGAGCAGGCCAUCGACCGCGUCAUCGGAGGUCUGGAGAAGAAGACUCAGGUCCUGCAGCCGACGGAGAAGAAGACGGUGGCGUACCACGAGGCGGGACACGCCAUCGUGGGCUGGUUCCUGCAGCACGCCGACCCCCUGCUGAAGGUGUCGAUCAUCCCGCGGGGGAAGGGUCUGGGCUACGCUCAGUACCUGCCCCGGGAGCAGUACCUGUACAGCCGGGAGCAGCUGUUCGACAGGAUGUGCAUGAUGCUGGGCGGACGAGUCGCCGAACACGUCUUCUUCGGGAGGAUCACCACGGGAGCGCAGGACGACCUGAAGAAGGUCACGCAGUCUGCAUACGCUCAGGUGGUGCAGUUUGGGAUGAGCGAUAAGGUGGGCCAGGUCUCCUUCGACCUCCCUCGGCAGGGGGAGAUGGUCCUGGAGAAACCGUACAGCGAAGCCACGGCGGAGCUGAUCGACUCGGAGGUCCGGGAGCUGGUGGAGCGAGCGUACCAGAGGACGCUGGAGCUCAUCACCGACAAGAAGGAGCUGGUGCAGCUGGUGGGACAGCGGCUCCUGGAGAAGGAGGUCCUGGUUAAAGGGGACAUGGUGGAGCUGCUCGGCCCGCGGCCCUUCGAGGAGAAGUCCACGUACGAGGAGUUUGUGGAGGGGACCGGCAGCUUCGAGGAGGACACCACCCUGCCCGAGGGCCUGCGGGACUGGAACCAGGAGCGGGGGGCCGAGGAGGAAGAGACAAGCCCCCCUCCUCAGGACAAACAGCAGGCUGUGUAGAGAGGGGGCGUAAAGAUGAGCAAAACGAGCGCUCCCCCCCCCCACACCGGACAAACAGCAGGCCGUGUACAGCAGGGGCGUAAAGACGAUCAAAACAAGCGCUCCCAUCCAACCUGCUGCAGAAACACUGACUGAGUAUCCAGAGCCGGGGAGGAGGGUUAACCCCCCCUCAGGCUAAUAAUGAACGCCCUCAAUAUACUGUGUUUGCUUCAGGGUGAUAUUUAAGAUUAAAUUACUGAAUCCAUUUUAGCAGGGUCUCACUUCCUUCAGCGCUCACUGAAGACCUCAUGGAUGUUAUUUAAGUUUUGCCUUUAAUUUGGGGCGGAGACACGGGGACAUUUUCCUGUUAUCGUCUGUCCUUCAUGAGGUCCCGUCACAGGAAAUUCAACAGUGGAGCCACGAUUUCAUUCCUCAUUCUUCACUAAGAGAUGGAUUUAUUUCUGGGUGUUUUGUGUUUAAGUUCCUGUUUCCAAAAGUUAAAGAAAGAAAACAAAAUUAAGAGUUAAUUAUUCAUUCAAGGACGUUAAGAUGAGGAAACCAAGCCCUCCCAUCUUCAAACAAGCCGACUGACUCCGUUUCCAGAGCUGGGGAGUAGAUUUACUCCCUCUAAUUAAUAAUUAAUGCCCUCAAUUUGCUGUGUUUGCUUCAGGUAAUAAUUAAGAUGAAAACAUGAACUAAAUCUGAUAAAGCGACGUCUCAAUUUCCCCCAAAACUCAAGAAAGAUUUUGUUAGAUUUUAUUUUUAAAUGAGACAAAGAAAAGACGAGCAAAUCAAGCGCUCUGUGUUUGCUUCAGGUAAUAAUGGAGAUAAAUACAUAACUUAAUAAGUGAUAUCUGUUUUAGAUCAACCCUCGAUAAACUGCAUGGAUUUGAUUAUUCUGGACGGAGACUCGUGGAUAUCUUCCAGUUGAGUUUUUUUUAACACUUAAAUAACAAAAUCCAUUACAAAGCAAACUUUGUUAUUCAGUUUAUCUGUAAACUAUGUCAUUGGCUUUUCCCUCAAGACGUGAUUUAUUUCAGGUUUCAAGAAAGCAAAGGAAGCGGGAAAGUAAGGGCCUUAAAUAUGAAUUCAAGGAUGGAUUUGGGGGUCAGAAGUGUGUCGUUUAUUUGAAUUCCUCAGACGCUGCAUCAGCUUCCUUCCUUCAGUCCAACAGGAAGACGCAGAUUGAUUUUUAUUUAUUGCAUAAAGACGUCCAAAAGGUCAAAAUGCCGCCGCGUUACAGGUUUCUUUGAGAGGUGUAAAAACGUUAAGAGUUGAUGUGAAGUUAUUUUGUGUUUCCAGCUGCUUUCACUUCAUGUGACGGAGGUCUGUCCUGCAGCACCGAAACGUUUCUGUCUGAAACUCCCCGAGCUCCUCUUCCUGCUCGCUGCUGGGACGUUGUGAUGAUGUUUGUAUGGAUUUUGUGCAAAAAUGUCAAGUAAAUAAUAUCCAAUAUUCAUAUUUGAGUUCAGUCUGACGGAUUUCCAAUGCUUUCAAAGGAGAAAUCCCCCUAAAAAAUGAUUUAUGUAGUUAGUUUGCUACCCCCCCCCCCCCCAAAGAGCCCUUAUUUUAUGUUGAAAUGUUUUAAAUCACCCCUUAAAGAAUGUAAAACCAAUUAAAGUAAACAACAAUACUCUGUCGGCCCUGAUUGAUUAUUGGGAUAAUGUUUUAUCAGAUAAGGGAUGUGCUGUUGAAUUAAUUGACAAUUUCCCUUGAUUAUGGAAGAGGGUUAUCCCCAAAAGUAAUAAAUAAAAUAUGUAUCUUAA